GAGAGGGGCCGCGGGCGUUGCGGGGGCUGCCGGUGUGCGGGGUUGUGCGGAAUCAGCGGGUGUGCGCGGGUCGGCCCUCACCGCCUUCCCCGUGGGACUAGGAGGAGCCCCCGAGCGCCGCCUGGCCAGGUGAAAUGUUUUUCAUAUGCUGAAUUCCAGCUUGGGUUGUCUGGUUGCUGCACGUUCAGAACUUCAUAAAAAGGCAGGAAAUCAAGAUGAAGAGCAGGGUGACACAAGUAAAUCAUGGAUCCAGCCAUGAAAGGAAGGAAAACUACAGUUCCCGACAAGGAAGUUUGUCUCCAGAGGACAGGGAUAUGGAGCAUGAUGGGUCUCCGUCUCCCAAAAAGAGAAGACACUCUGAUGACAGCAGAUAUGAUCAGGAAUAUUCAAGAAGGGAAUACUAUGAUGACAGAAAUUCAGAUGGAAGAAGAAUGGAAAGGGGGAGAGAGAGACACUAUGACAGAUGGGAGGAGAGAGAAUAUGAUCGGAGGAAGCAGAGAAGAUAUUCAUCACCUGAUCGUAGGAGUCCAGAGAGGUCAACAGUUCAGAGCUCACUUACUCAUGAUGAGGCCACUUCAAAGAAGAAAAAAGAAGAAGUGGAUCCAAUCCUUACUCGCACAGGUGGUGCAUAUAUUCCACCUGCCAAGCUCAGGAUGAUGCAAGAGCAAAUCACUGAUAAAAAUAGCUUGGCAUAUCAGAGGAUGAGUUGGGAAGCCUUGAAGAAGUCAAUCAAUGGUCUUGUCAAUAAAGUGAACGUUUCUAAUAUAGAAAACAUCAUUCAUGAGCUGCUUCAGGAAAAUAUUGUUAGGGGAAGGGGAUUGCUGGCUAGAUCCAUUUUGCAAGCUCAGAGUGCCUCUCCGAUAUUUACUCAUGUUUAUGCAGCUCUUGUGGCAAUUAUCAAUUCGAAGUUUCCAAAUAUUGGUGAAUUGAUUCUCAAGAGGUUGAUACUAAAUUUUCGCAAAGGAUAUCGCAGAAAUGACAAGCAACUCUGUCUAACAUCUUCAAAAUUUGUCGCACAUUUGAUGAAUCAGAAUGUGGCUCAUGAGGUUUUAUGUUUGGAAAUGCUCACCUUGCUUCUUGAAAGGCCUACUGAUGACAGUAUUGAAGUAGCAAUUGGAUUUAUUAAAGAGAGCGGGCUCAAAUUAACAGAAGUUUCUCCUAGAGGUAUUAAUGCAAUCUUUGACCGUCUUCGACACAUUCUGCAUGAAUCUAAAAUUGAUAUGCGUGUUCAGUAUAUGAUAGAAGUCAUGUUUGCUGUACGGAAGGAUGGCUUCAAGGAUCAUCCAAUUAUUCCAGAGGGAUUAGAUCUAGUCGAAGAGGAGGAUCAGUUUACUCAUAUGUUGCCAUUAGAAGAUGACUACAACCCAGAGGAUGUUCUUAAUGUUUUCAAGAUGGAUCCAAACUUUAUGGAAAAUGAGGAGAAAUACAAAACACUGAAGAAAGAAAUUCUUGAUGAAGGUGACAGUGAAUCUGAAGGAGAUCAAGAAGCUGGAAGUAGUGAGGAAGAUGAAGAAGAUGACGAAGAGGAGGGUGAAGAUGGCCAGAAAGUUACUGUUCACGACAAAACAGAAAUUAACCUGGUCUCAUUCCGUCGUACAAUUUAUCUUGCUAUUCAGUCAAGCUUAGACUUUGAAGAAUGUGCUCACAAACUGCUGAAGAUGGACUUCCCUGAAAGUCAGACUAAAGAACUCUGCAAUAUGAUACUUGACUGCUGUGCUCAGCAAAGAACAUACGAGAAAUUCUUUGGGUUACUGGCUGGGCGUUUCUGCAUGUUAAAAAAAGAAUACAUGGAAUCCUUUGAAGCUAUUUUUAAAGAACAAUAUGAUACCAUUCAUCGUUUGGAAACGAACAAACUGAGAAAUGUUGCCAAGAUGUUUGCUCAUCUACUAUACACUGAUUCAAUUCCCUGGAGUGUCCUUGAAUGUAUAAUACUGAGUGAAGAAACUACCACAUCCUCCAGUAGAAUUUUUGUCAAAAUAUUCUUUCAGGAACUCAGUGAAUAUAUGGGACUUCCUAAUUUAAAUGCAAGAUUAAAAGAUGAGACACUGCAGCCGUUCUUUGAGGGAUUAUUGCCUCGGGAUAACCCAAGAAACACUCGCUUUGCCAUCAAUUUCUUCACUUCUAUUGGCCUUGGAGGACUAACAGAUGAAUUACGGGAGCAUCUUAAAAAUGCACCAAAGUUAAUUAUGACACAGAAGCAAAAUGUUGAGUCAUCGGAUUCCUCUUCAUCUUCAGAGACAGACUCUUCCUCAGAUUCUGAUUCUGACAGCAGCAGUACUAGCUCAGAGUCAUCCAGCAGCAGUGACUCUUCAUCUAGCAGUGACAGCAGCAGUGACUCAGAUGUUUCUAAAACCAGAAGAAGGAGAAUGCAGAAGAAAAAUAGAGAAUCCAAUAAAGUUUCCAGGAAAAAGCAAGAAAGGAAAAGGAAAUCUGUUGAAAAGAAAAUGGGAAGGAGGCAUCAAGAGGAAAGAAGUGAUACUGAGAGCAAAUCAGAAAGAAAUCACCGACAUUUAAGAGAAUCACACAGAGAUGAUGUGUCAAAAUAUCAUCACAGAGAUGAGUCCAAUGGCAGAGAUGGUUACCAUAGUGGAAAAGAUAGGAACCAGGACAGAACUAAGGAUCUGGAAAAUAAACACAGUAAUUCAAAAGUUAAGAAAGCAGACAGAAGAGCUUCUUUGUCUGAUGAUGAAAAUUACAGACACUGGAACAAAGAUAAUGGACAUCGCAGUAGAAAAAGAGAGAGAGAGAAAUCCAGAGAGGGAGACCGUGACCAUUCAAGUCCGAGAGAGGAGGAACAAGAGGACCGGUACAGAAAUGGUUCGGAGAAACACUGGGAGAAGUACAGCCGCUACUCUGACCAGUACAGGGAACCCAGGGAGAAUGAGGACAGGGAGUCCAGGGUGAACAAGGACAGGGAACCCAGAAGGAAUGAGGAGAGGGAGCUCAGGAGGAAUGAGGAGCGGGAGCCCAGGAGGAACGAGGAGAGGGAGUCCAGAAGGGAGGAGGAGAGGGAAUCCAGGAGGAACGAGGAGAGGGAAUCCAGGAGGAACGAGGAGAGGGAAUCCAGGAGGAACGAGGAGAGGGAAUCCAGGAGGGACGAGGAGAGGGAGUCCAGGAGGGACGAGGAGAGGGAGUCCAGGAGGAACGAGGAGAGGGAACCCAGGAGGAACGAGGAGAGGGAAUCCAGGCGGAAUGAGGAGAGGGAGCGCAGGAGGGAUGAAGAGAGGGAGCUCAGGAGGAACGAGGAGAGGGAGCUCAGGAGGGAUGAGGAGAGGGAAUCCAGGUGGAAUGAGGAGAGGGAAUCCAGGCGGAAUGAGGAGAGGGAAUCCAGGAGGAACGAGGAGAGGGAGUCCAGAAGGGACGAGGAGAGGGAGCUCAGGAGGAACGAGGAGAGGGAAUCCAGGAGGGAGGAGGAGAGGGAAUCCAGGAGGGACGAGGAAAGGGAGUCCAGGAGGGACGAGGAGAGGGAACCCAGGCGGAACGAGGAGAGGGAAUCCAGGCGGAACGAGGAGAGAGAACCCAGGCGGAACGAGGAGAGGGAGUCCAGGAGGAACGAAGAGAGGGAAUCCAGGAGGAACGAGGAGAGGGAGUCCAGAAGGGAUGAGGAGAGGGAGUCCAGGAGAAACGAGGAGAGGGAAUCCAGAAGGAACGAGGACAGACGAAGGGAGAAUUCCCCACACAGGCGAAAAUGAAGACCAACCACAGUUUGAAAUAAAUGUGCAUUUCUGAGCUGUUAAGACUGUAUUUUAAAAUCUAUUACUGAACUUUCUUUAAAAAAAGAUUUUGUACAAAGUGAUAGUUUGCAUUUGUAAAUUUUACCAGACUUUUUCAAAUUUUCUGUACCACUUUUUUAUAAUUGUAUCGUUAAGUCUUUCUGUUAAGUUCUUCCUUGAGAAAGACAAGGCUCUUUAUUUUGUGAAUAAAACCAUUAAGAUAUCAGCAAAA